AUGAUACUUGAGAAAACUCAGGGCAUGUCCAAACAAGACCCCUCUGUCCGAGUGUACCGAGGCUGUCCAGGAGGGGUCGCUGUUGUCCGGCUCAUUGAAAGCGUUCACCUUGUUUCAUUCGCAGCAAGGGAGACGCAUGGGAGGAGAGCGCGCAGAGCUUUGGAGAAUGAGACGGAGUGCAUCUUUUCGCAGUCGUCUGAGUUUCCUGACGGCUUCUUCACGGUUCAGGAGAGGAAAGAUGGCGGCCUGGUCAUUUACUUCAUGAUCAUCUUCUACAUGCUGCUGGCUGUGGCCAUCGUGUGCGACGACUACUUCCUCCCGUCGCUGGAAGUCAUCAGUGAACGCUUGGGUCUGUCUCAGGAUGUCGCAGGAGCCACAUUUAUGGCAGCCGGCAGCUCUGCACCUGAACUGGUCACAGCUUUUCUUGGUGUUUUUGUGACAAAGGGAGACAUUGGUGUGAGCACUAUCGUUGGCUCAGCUGUUUACAACCUCCUGGGAAUCUGUGCCUUCUGUGGACUCCUGGCCCCUAUGGCAGGGCGUCUCACCUGCUGGCCUCUGUUCAGGGACUGCCUCGCGUACGGCAUCAGUGUAUCUGCGGUCAUCGCCAUCAUUUCUGACAACAGAGUUUACUGGUACGACGCGGCCUGCCUGCUGCUGGUGUACGCCGUGUACAUCGUGGUGCUGUGUUUCGACCUGCGCAUCAGUGAGUUUGUGCUGCAGAGGCUGAGCCCGUGCUGCUGGUGCCUGAGACGAGGCUCCGAGGAGAAGAGCGAGAGCCAGACGCUGAUUGGCUGGAACCAGGACUCCAGCCUCCCGGUGCGGUCACGCAACGACAGCGGGAUAUUCCAGGACAGCUCCGGAUACUCCCACCUCUCACUCAGCCUGCACGGACUGAACGAGCUGCCAGAGGAGCACCAGAGCGUGUUUGCAGUGCCAGAGAGCGACCUGAAGAGGGUGCUGUGGGUGCUGUCGCUGCCCAUCAUCGCGCUGCUGUACCUCACCAUUCCGGACUGUAGGAGGCGCUUCUGGAAGCACUGGUUCAUGGUCACCUUUCUCAUGUCCGCGGUGUGGAUCUCCGGCUUCACCUACAUCCUGGUCUGGAUGGUCACUGUCGUAGGAGAGACCCUGGGAAUCCCUGACACAGUGAUGGGCCUGACGCUGCUGGCUGCAGGCACCAGCAUCCCAGACACCGUGGCCAGUGUCAUGGUGGCCAGAGAAGGAAAAGCAGAUAUGGCCAUGUCCAACAUCGUGGGCUCAAACGUGUUCGACAUGCUGUGCCUGGGUCUGCCCUGGUUCAUUAAAACAGCCUUUGUGGACACGAGUUCCCCGGUGGAGGUCAACAGCACGGGCCUGGUCUUCAUCGCCUCCACGCUGCUCCUCUCCAUCGUCUUCCUCUUUGUGGCUGUUCACAUAAACAAGUGGAGGCUGGACUGGAAGCUGGGCCUGGUCUCGCUCUUCUGUUACAUCGUAUUUGCAACGUUGUCUAUUUUGUACGAGCUCGGCAUCAUCGGGAACAAUCCCAUAAGACUUUGCAGCGACUGA